UAAUGCAAUGAUAUGAGCGGCGAUCUAAUUAAGGCAGUUAUUGCACUACAGUCUGCUCCUGAAGUGCCGCAUUACGCGGACCGGACAGCCAGGUUUUGCUGCUGCCACUUACAUCAUGCAGUGCCGCGCUUUUCCUGCCUGGACCGGCUGAUGCAUGCAGAUCCUCAGAAGCCCCGAACUACAUUUUCCUCAGGACUAUUAUGUGCUAAAUGUGACGCGGAAACUACAACUCCAGCGAUGCAACAGGGCCUGGGAGCCCGGCGCUUCCGCUGUCAGCUGUCAUCCGCGCAUUUCUAGCGGCGGUCCUGCGUGAUUCAGGAAAGCGAGGCAGAAACGCGUGCAGAAGGGGCACCUGCACCGCACCGGAGCGUAAAGCAGAUAAGGCACAAAAAGCAAUCGCUUUGCAGCCCAGUGAACCAGUUCUUUUUCGUACCAGGAUAUAUCUACUAAGAGCCCACGAAAGAGGAGAUGAUAUGUUGACCCAGACCCGGCUGCUGUUCAGACUGACCCAUCCUAGCAGGGUUUGGACCGUGGAUCCAGGCCCGUUCAGCUGACAUUGUAGUGCACACCGUGGGCUGUGGAGCUGGAAUAGGAGGGAGGUGCACCGCAAAGAGAGGUGGAGAGAAUGGAGAAGGAGCGGUGGAGGGAGAUGGAGAAGGUGGGCUUCCAGCUGGUGAACCGCGCGGAGGAAGAGGAGAUGGAGGUGUGUGGCUUCGUCCCCAGUCCCUGGAGGAUCUGUCUGCUCGUCCUGGGAUGUGUGCUGUCGGGGGGCCUCCUGGCCCUGCUGCUGCUCUGGGUCCCCCAGUGGAGCGUCCGUUGGGCCUGUGUGCCUGCCCCCCUCCCCCAGGCAUCUGUGCUGCUGCUACGCACUACUGAUGAGUUUGGGCGGUACUUCCGGGUCCGGAUCAAAACUCUGCAGAUUCCCCGUAUGGACCCUCCGGGGAUGGGUGUGGCCAGAGAGGGAGCUGGGGGCGUGGCCAGAGAGCAGGCGAUCACAGAGGACUGCGGCAAGGGGCCACAAGAGCAUGCACUCUAUUGGGAGGUACGAUGCUUUCGCCUGCAGUCUGUCACAUACAUGUGGAACUCAGAGGGCCGCAGUUACCAGCCGCUAGACACUCUGGACCAUGGCAUCCCCAUCGCAGACUUCUACUCCCUGCACAGCCAUGGGCUGUCAGCCAGGAGGCAGGAGAACAGGAGGCUGUUCUAUGGCAUCAACCAGAUUGAAGUAAAAGUGCCUUCGGUCCCCAAUCUGCUUGUCAAGGAGGUGCUCAACCCUUUCUAUAUUUUCCAAGUAUUCAGCGUUAUUCUCUGGUCUCUGGAUGAUUACUAUUACUACGCCUCAGCCAUCUUUCUGAUGUCACUGCUGUCUGUCUGUACCUCACUGUACACUGUCCGUAAGCAUUACAUCCUGCUCCAUGACAUGGUGUCUGCCCACAACGUGGUUCGAUGCUCCGUCUACAGGGGGGAUCAAGAGGUGGAGGAGAUCCUGUCCACUGACCUAGUGCCCGGUGAUGUCAUCAUCAUUCCGUCCAAUGGCAUGAUGAUGCCCUGUGAUGCAGCUCUGAUAGGUGGGACCUGCAUUGUUAAUGAAAGCAUGUUGACAGGGGAAAGUGUUCCUGUGACCAAGACCCAACUGCCGCUGCCCCCUAGUGGUGGUGACGAUGACAGGCUGCAGGAGCCCGCAUAUGACCCAGAGGAGCACCGAAGACACACACUUUUCUGUGGCACACAGGUCAUCCAGACCCGCUACUACAGUGGGGAGAGCGUCAGAGCUGUGGUUGUCCGCACAGGCUUCUCCACAGUGAAGGGCCAGCUGGUGAGGUCCAUUCUAUACCCCAAGCCAUCCAACUUCCAGCUGUACAGAGACGCUGUACGCUUCCUGCUGGGCCUGGUGUGUGUGGCAGCUGUGGGAGUGGCCUAUUCCAUCUACACCAGUGCAUCCCAGGGGGAGUCAGUGGGGCGCAUUGUGCUGGAGGCCCUGGACAUCAUAACCAUCACAGUGCCACCCGCCCUGCCCGCCGCAAUGACUGCCGGGAUCGUGUACGCCCAGCACCGUCUCCGGCGAACAGGCAUAUUUUGCACCAGCCCCCAUCGGAUUAACACCUGUGGCCAGGUCAACCUGGUGUGCUUUGACAAGACCGGAACCCUGACUGAAGAUGGCCUUGAUCUGUGGGGUAUUCAGAGAGUUGAGGACAGCAGGUUCACUCCUCCGGAGCAGGAGAUGGUGGAGGAUGGCCAGGCCCCCUCCCACUUUCUGGUCGCCAUGGCGUCCUGUCACUCCCUGACCCGAAUCGAAGGCCGGCUCGCCGGAGACCCUCUUGACAUCAAGAUGUUUGAGGCCACCAGCUGGGACCUAGAGGAGCCCAGUCUUGACGAGACCUCCAACCAUGACCUCAUCAUGCCCACGGUGGUACGACCUGCCAAGCCGCCCCCUGGAAGAAGCCCUCCCUGCCAGGAGAUCGAUCAGGAUAUCAGAGAACUUAUGGGGCAGUAUGAAGUCGGGGUGCUGGCCCAGUUCCCCUUCUGUUCCAGUCUGCAGCGUAUGAGUGUGGUGACCCGUGUGCUUGGGGAGCGCAGGCUGCAGGCCUACCUCAAGGGGGCACCAGAGACUGUGGUCAGCCUUUGCCAACCAGACACGGUGCCCACAGAUUUCUGGGAGGUGCUGGACAGUUACACUCGCCAGGGCCUGAGGGUGAUUGCACUGGCUCACCGGCAGCUCGAACCCAAGUUCACAUGGCAUCGUCUACAUACAAUCAACAGGGAGGCCAUUGAAUGCGAGAUGAAAUUUCUGGGUCUGCUGAUGCUGCAGAACAAGCUGAAACCACAGACAGUGCCGGUCUUGGCGGAGCUCCACCAGGCCCACAUCCGCACCAUUAUGGUGACAGGGGACAGCAUGCUGACUGCAGUCUCUGUGGCGAGGGAAUGUGGUCUAAUCCCACCUCACGCCCAGGUGAUCAUCACAGAGGCCCAGCCCCCGCGUGAGGGGCAGCCCGCCACCGUGUCCUGGAGCUACAGCCAGGACAGUCCCUACCCCAUGCUCCCCCCCGGAGAGACGCAGGUCAGUCUGGGCACACAGCAGAAUCCUCCCCGGACCAGCUACCAUUUUGCCAUGAGUGGCCGAACCUUUGCCAUCAUCCUCGAACACUUCUCAGAGCUGCUGCCCAAGUUGCUGCUCUGUGGGACGGUGUAUGCCAGGAUGGCCCCUGACCAGAAGACCCAGCUGGUGGAAGAGCUGCAGAAAGUGGACUAUUAUGUGGCCAUGUGUGGAGAUGGGGCCAAUGAUUGUGGGGCGCUGAAGAGAGCUCACGCCGGCAUCUCCUUGUCGGAGCUAGAUGCCUCUGUCGCUUCCCCCUUCACCUCCCGCACCCCGGACAUCUCCUGCGUGCCGCACCUGAUCAGGGAGGGCAGGGCAGCCCUGGUCACCUCCUUCUGCGUCUUCAAAUUCAUGGCACUUUAUAGCAUCAUCCAGUACCUCUGUGUGCUGCUGCUCUACUCGAUCCUCAGUAACAUGGGAGAUUCCCAGUACCUGUUCAUCGACAUCGCCAUCAUAAUGUCUUUGGCGUUCACCAUGAGCCUUAGCCCGGCCUGGAAACAGCUGGUGGCCCAGCGCCCCCCGUCCACGCUACUGGCCCCCCCUCUUCUGCUCUCGGUGGUGGGGCAGAUCCUGCUGGCUCUCUCCUUCCAGACCACCACCUUCCUGCUGGCUAAUAUAUAUGAGCAGAAUGAGACCCAACCUUCUGAUUGGCUGGUUGGGAACACGACAGGAACGACAACCAAUGGGAGUAGACCAGUAUCUGACAAAGAUGAGAAGGAUUCCGACAACAUUGAGAACCUGCAGAACACCAGCCUGUUCUUUGUGUCGGGCUGCCAGUACCUCACCGUCGCCCUGGUCUUUAACCGGGGACCCCCCUUCCGCCAGCCCCUCUACACUAACUAUCUCUUCAUGCUGUGUAUUGUAUUCUGCUACGGUUUCCUGAUUGUCAAUCUACUGCACCCUGUACCAGCCCUGCAGGACUUCUUCCAGCUGGUGUUCGUACCCAUGGAAUGGCGUGUAACGCUGCUGGGACUCAUCAUAGCCAAUCUGAUCCUGGCUUUUACACUAGAGAGUUUCAUUACAGAUUUCAAAGACCUGUGGAAUAGAUCGUUCUCUAGGCAGAAGCUAGAUGAGCCACACCCUGAUUCCCUCUGCCCACAGAUGGAAGUGGAUGGAAUACCAUCUCCCAGCCACCGUGGUUGCUAUUGCCGCAGCUCCGAGCCCCCCCGAGCCCAGUACCAGCGUCUCGCCCAGCAGCUGCUGCUGGAUCCUGACUGGCCGCCCCCGCCGAGCACCAAAGCAAAGCCCCCCACCUGCGUCGACAGCGGUGCAGUACAGGGCCUGGUGCCCCAGACCACACCCCUUUGAGUAACCAUGUUGUUCAUGGAGGUAACAAACAUCCUCAGAAAUGGAUCUCGACCUGUGGCCAUCAGCUCUGGUCCUGGUCUGAACCUUUCCAUGCUAAUCACCACUCAUCUCAGAGGAACAAGGGACCUGUUGGUUUUUGACAAAUAUGCCAGUUUUUAUGGCCUGUAUAGUCAAUUCCUUAAUGUGGUAUGUGGAAGGAUUCCCUUGUGACUCACAUGCUACCUGGAGCAUGCCUGAUCCCAGUACACAAAUCACAUCCACAAUAUCACUGUUGUCUUUGUUAUAUCGUGUAGGAUAUGAGUCCAAAUGAUGAGUGAAUCUCUCACCUUUAUGAUCACAAUUAGAAGUCAUCAAACUGUGAAAUGUUUAAAUUCACACACUACAUGUGAGGGGCAAUAUUUGUGAUAGUGUCCUAAUUGACAAACAGGCUAAUUAUCUAUAAUAACUGUAAGAUUAUGACCAAAUGUCAUUAAAUGCAGAGUUUAGCUACCAUUGAGGAGAUGUUUUUGCUUCGACCAAACCUGUGCCAAAUUGUACAAUAAGUCACGAAAAGUUAAAAGCGAUGUACAAAAAGAUUCUUUUAAAAACAAGUGAUUUCUUUGAGUGUUAGGAGCAAAUGAAGACCACAACACAGCAUUUUAUAACAGUAAAUGGAUCCCAUGUGUCCAAGGCCUUCAAGUAAGGUCAGAAAAGAAAACAAUAAUUUUAUAUUUCCAUUCAUUUAUUUAAACAAAAAGGAGCCGACUGUAUUAUUCUUUAAACAACUUUGAACUUUUGAUCUGCAUUUCUGUUGAACAGACGUACAAGUAGAUACUGUACCCGAUUACUGUUCAAGGGAUUUUACUUAAGCAUGUAUGUAUAUUUUGUGUUGAAUGACAUAUCUCUUGUAAAAAGCCUAUGUGUAUAUAUGGAACACAAAGAACAGCAUCAAUAAAUUUAUAACCUAUGAA